AUGGCGUCAUCGGUGGCCGUAUCGUCAAUAAUAUUUUUUACAUGCUUGGCAUGCUACUACAACAGUCUCUACUGCGACUUCGUCUUCGACGACAUCAGUGCUAUAAAAGACAACAGAGAUCUAAAACCUCAAACUCCCGUGUGGAACAUAUUUUACAACGAUUUUUGGGGCACGCCGAUGCACAAGGAACAAAGUCACAAGUCGUAUCGUCCUUUGACGGUUUUAACGUUCAGAUGGAAUUACAUGAUCCAUCAGUUGGAGCCCAUGGGAUAUCAUCUCGUGAACAUAUUGCUUCACGCCAUAACAAGUGUUCUCUACUAUAGAGUCUGUCAUACCAUAAUGGCGUCCGAGUUCACUAGUUUUAUGGCUGCCAUGCUUUUUGCUAUUCACCCCAUACACACAGAGGCCGUGACUGGUGUGGUGGGACGAGCAGAGACACUGUCGUCAGUGUUUUACUUAUCUGCGUAUCUGUUGUAUACAGAAGCAACCAAAAGGAAAAAAUAUUCCGGAUGGAAGCCUCUAACACUGUCUGUGGUUUGCUUGUGCGUAGCUAUGCUGUGCAAAGAACAAGGGAUCACAAUAGCCGGAGUUUGUGCUCUUUAUGAAGUUUUCGUCGCACAAAAGGUAAAAUUGGUUCAUAAAUAUUUCGAUAAUGCGCUUUACUAG